UAUCACAACAGGAAGAAGAAAAGAGACUAAAAUGAGACAAACGGUCUCUAAUUAGAUUAAUUAGAUCAUUAAAAGAAGUUUAACUCUUUCAGUGACUCGUCUCGUCCAAACUCAGCUCUGAUUCUCCUGAUUUCUGCUCUCUUCGUGUUUGACAUUAUACUUUUACUGUCUCCUCCUCCUCCUGUCCUCCUCCUCUUCCUCCUGUCCUCCUGUUCCUCCUGCUCCUCCUCCUGUCCUCCUCCUCUUCCUCCUGCCCUCCUCCUGUCAUCCUCCUCCUCCUGCUCCUCCUCCUCAGUGGAGUUGUCCAGCCUGUCUCUCUGUAUGACCAACUCCAAACAGGGUGAGCCGUGCUUCUACGUGAUUGGCCGCACUGAGACGUCUCGGCCCUGAGGAAGGAGCCCUCUCCCCCUCCUCCUCUUCACACACAGAGGAGGAUAUGGUAACCAUGACAACUGCCUCCCUCAGCCAGCAGAGGGGAGGCGGUUCAGGAGGAGGAGGAGGAGGAGAGAGGAGGAGGAGGAGGAGGAGAGAGGGAGAAACCAAACGAAGAACAGGAGGAGGAGGAGGAGGAGGAGGGUUAGGGCCUCCUGAUCUGGACCUGGAUGUGGUGGAGGAGGAGGCACGGCAGGAGGAGGAGGAAGAGCUGAGGAGGAGGAGUCAAACUGUCAGGCAGAAGGAGAAGCGGGAGGAACAGGGAAGGAGGAGCAGGAGCUUACCCAGGAUCAGCGCUCGAUCCUGGGACACGCCACCGCCACCGCCACCGCCACAGGAGGAGGAGGAGGAGGAGGAGAGGAGGAGCAGGAGGAGGAGGGAGGAGGAGAGAGACGGAAGCACCGCCCACCAUCCAAAGCAUUCUGGGAGCUUGGGUGUGGCGUUCUCCUUCCUCAUGCCGAUGGACGGCGAGCGUCUGUCCGACAGCGAAUCAGCAGCCAGCUUCUCAGAGGUCAGCCUAUCAGCAGCCAGCAUCGCCACGGCCGGCUGGAGGGAGGAGUCUGAUUGGAGGAGAGCCGGGUCACCGUGGCAACAGGGGAAUGCCCCGGGCCCCUGGCUGAAGCCCAGCCCACAGAGACUGACCAAGGUUCUGAUUGGCAGUCGGCUCAGUGGGGGGGAACUACGGGGCGGGCUCUCUCUCUGAUUGGCUCACAGCGAGGACGUUUCUCAUUUGCUGAAUUAUUCUUUUUUUUUAUUGGCUAAUUAUAAGGGCUUUUUUGAUUAGCUUGCUGAGAGAAGACCCACCUCCUCUUGUUUCUGAUUGGAGGAGGAGGAGCAAGCAGGCAAAGACUUGUUUUGAUUGGCUGGUGGGCGGGUUCUGAGGCCUCUGAUUGGCCAAUGACAUAACAGCUGCACACACAGCUGCCGAAUUAACCGUCAAAGUUUUUAUUUUACCCAUCAUCCCUCAGUGCAGACCUGCAUCACUGAGACACGUCAGUGUGUUUGCUGCCGUUUGUGGGCCGAAACGCUCUGCUAUCACCACACUGGUGAACUGAUCACCACGGUAACAACAGAAGUGAAUCACCACGGUAACAACAGAAGUGAAUCACCACGGUAACAACAGAAGUAAAUCACCACGGUAACAACAGAGGAAAUCACCACAGUAAAACAGAGUAACUCACCACGGUAACAACAGAAGUAAAUC